AUGGAGUCGGGUGGUGUGCAGCCCCGCACUGUCCCCAAGUUAAAGACGUCUCUCUCUCCUGCUGCUUCUCUCUCUCAAAGAAAAAAACAGCAGCAACCCAGGAGGAGACAUCAAAAGAUUAAGGCUAAGGAGCGGCCUACACCUGCUCCAGGAUCGUCAGGCUCUUGGGUUUCUGCUGGGAGAGCAUCAAGAGAGACAUCUUCUAGGAAGGGGUGCAGCAGCCCUCAAGACGCUGCUGCUGCUGCUGCUGCUACUCCUCUGUCUCCGCUUUCUUCUUGCGGGGCUGCUUCUGUUAUUAGCGACACUAACACAUUAAGAAGCUGCAGCAGCAGCAGCAGAGGAGACUCCAAGCGGCACUCUCAACGCAGAAGAGACAGUUGGGGUGUAGGUGUUGCUGAGGGCUCUGGUGGGGGGAGAGCAGGAGGAGGAGGAGCAGCAGCAGCUGCUGCUGCUGCUGCUGCAGCAGCGGGUCCUCCGCCUGAGUAUUCUGUGGUUCAGGGGUGUAGACCGCGUAUAUUCUUUAUAACAUUAACAUCAAUAAAGAAACAAACAAGUCAGAAGCUAGCGAAGACAGUUGCUGAUAGAGCUCUUCCUUGUUACGCUGCUGCUGCUGCUGCUGCUGACUCGAACAGCUCCCAGACAUCUUCAGCGAAGCACGAAGACGGAAGCACUUCAACAUCUGCUACAGAUAGAGGCAGCAGCUCCUUUGCUGCUGGCAGCGGGGGGAUCCUUAUGACCUCCGCUGCUGCUGCUCCUGCUGCUGCUCCUGCUGCUGCUGCUGGAGACGACGGGGGCAGCUUCGUCGUAGAGCAGCAGCAGGCCGCAGGGCGCCAGAAAUGA